UGAUAAAAAAAAAUCAUGAGCCGCAUCCAACAUCCGGAUGCAGAACACAUCCCCACUAUCAUUAUAACUGAGACAAAUUGCAUUUCAGGUGGUUCCUUCGGAGCCGGAGACUGAUGCCGAAGGCCGUGACGACAAGAAACACGACGAUGACGAUCUUGUGCAGAAUUCCAACACUGCUCAAGUCUCUCCAACAACAGUCAUCGUCGCCGUCGAGCCUAAAGUCCUUCGUCGUCACGUCCUACAGGCUAUUCUCAGCGAGCUGAUUUGUCAGAAUAUUGAGCCAAUCAACUGCCAGGGAGUAAAAUCAAGCCCUUUGAUUGGCCAGAAGGGCAAGCGGUCAGUAAAGAGGGUCCGUCCAUCAACCUCUUACCCAGCUGACCGUAGGGUAUCUACAUGGGACUUCCUUUACUACCAUCGAUUCGUCAACGAUGACAGCGAUAAAGAGUCAUGUGACGACGAAUCAUCGGAUGACGAUGAGUACAUGGGUGAUGCUGACAUCGAAUCUGAUGACGACGAGAUCGAUGACAGGAUCAGAGUCCACAGAUUCACUCACAGAGCCUCUUGCAAGGCUAAGGUCAACCGUGGCAAGGGCGGUAAGACAAAGAAGGCCAAAGGUCCUGCUGAUGUGUGCAAUGAGACACGCUCUGUGAUUGGUCAGAAGAUGGACACGAUGGUCGAGAUGAACGAUGACGUCAUCAAGCAGACAGAUGAGGAUAGCAGCGUCUAUCUCUCCAGCGGCUCUCUAGCUAGUAACGUCACCAGUGACGACGGAGCAUCAUCAGAGAUCGACGAUGUUUUCGUCGAAGAGAAUGACUUCCUGUUCAUGGUAUCCCUGUCCUGGAUCACCCACGUCAACAUCAGCGUCGCCUUCGCUCUCCUCUGGGCCUUCGUCGACAUCGACAGGAAGAUGGAGAAUGUGAUGGACGUCUUUGGCCACGAUGAUGACGGGAAGGCCGUCGUCAACCGUAAGGAGACUGGAGAUCAUACUCCCUCAGGCCACCAAGAGGACGGAGAUGUGAUGGACGUCUUUGGCCACGAUGAUGACGGGAAGGCCGUCGUCGACCGUAAGGAGACUGGAGAUCAUACUCCCUCAGGCCACCCAACGGAUGACGAAUACCCGCCUGACUUCGAGACGGACUCCGAGACUGACAUCGACCAGCCCUCGACCUCAUACAAGCGAGACAAGCACGCCACCUACGACUUCAUUGUCAGGAAGCGCUUCAUGGAUGUGUCUAGCGAUGAGUACAUCUGGUAGACACUGGGGCUAGGACUGGAGAACGUAGGGAGGAGUGAGGAUGAGAGCUUAUAAAUAAAGAUAAUACAGCUCUUAUCACGAAGCUGGAAGACGCUCUAAUGACUGAGGAGACUUUA